UGUCUCCUCCACAGCAGCUCCGGGAGAGAGGAGUGGGAAAGGAAAGGGAAUGGGAUUGUAUAUGUAGGCGAGACGGGCGACGUGUGAAAACAUGAGGAUAACGGGCAGUUUUUAACUAGAUUCAUCUUUUAAAACCAAUAAUUACAUAAAACAUCAGGUUUUUUUCCUUCCAGUCCUCCCUGAGGGCAGGGAUAUCUGCUCCCAUUGGAGAACACAGGAGAGGAGAGGAGCCUCUUUGUGAAUCCCAUUUGACUGUGGCUGAUUCUCACUGCUGGGCUGCCGAUGAGGACCCCCCGCCCCUCCUCCUCCUCCUGCUCUACUGUAUUACAGAUGGUCUGACCCAUUCACUGUUGCAGGAGAGGAUAAAAGCCCCGUCGCAGAGUGGAGAGAAGUGGAGUGGUGGUUUCGUCUGACCUUUAACCCCAGUAGGAAGGAGAGCAAGCCACUUCAGAGAUGGAGCAAGUAUCAGAUGACGAGCUGGACCAUGGAGCCGAGGAGGACAGCGAUAAGGAGGACCAGGACCUGGACAAGAUGUUUGGAGCUUGGCUUGGAGAGCUGGACAAGCUUACACAGAGUCUGGAUGACGGCAGGCCUCAGAAACCACUGCAGAAGGCUCCUCUCAGGCAGGAGACCAACAUGGCCAACUUCUCCUACCGCUUCUCCAUGUAUAAUAUAAACGAGGCGUUGAACCAGGGCGACACCGUGGACCUGGACGCCCUGAUGGCUGACCUGUGCUCCAUCGAACAGGAGCUCAACACCGUCUCUAAACCAAACUCCACGUCUCGCAGCCACAGCAAAGGCCAGCAGCGGGCCCCUGGGGGACGCAGUGCCAGCACCAAGCACACAGGAACAGGAGGGGGCAGCAGCGGAGGAAGCACCAGUAGCAGCACCCGAGCAUCGCCGGCCAACACGGUGCGAGGCGGCAGCGUCAACGCCCGCCCCGCCGCCUCCAACAUCUCCCUGGAUGACAUCACCUCUCAGCUGGAGAAGGCCUCUCUCAGCAUGGACGAAGCAGCACGUCAGACUUCUUCCUCCUCCUCGUCCUCCUCCUCUUCCUUCUCCUCCUCCACGCUCCGGCGGCCCUCGUCGGGGUCGUCGGGCGGCGGCGGGCAGCACAGGAGGACGGGCUCGGUGGGCACCGUCAGCGAGCAGGACGCUCCGUCCCAGCGCUCCAGCGUCAACUCAGCAUGUGCCUCAGCGUCCAGCAUGGACUCCCUGGACAUUGACAAAGUGAUGGCGGGUGGGGACGGAGAAGGCCAGAGCAGCCCGAGCUCCCAGGGACAGAACCAGACCAGCACGGAGCAUGUCACAAUGCGACGAGCCAGACGGCAGCUUGACUUCCCCUCACGAGAGAGUGAAGUGGACCGGGCCACUCACUCCUAUCUGGACCGAGAAACCUCGCUCAUUCUGAAAAGCAUAGCAGGAAAACCUUCUCACCUCCUGACCAAGGAGGAACAAGCUGCCAAAUUGAAGGCAGAGAAGAUCCGAGUCGCCCUGGAAAAAAUCAAAGAGGCACAGGUCAAAAAGCUGGUGAUCAGGGUCCACAUGUCGGACGAGAGCUCCAAGACCAUGAUGGUGGAUGAGCGGCAGACAGUCAGACAGGUGCUGGACAGCCUGUUGGAUAAGUCCCACUGUGGUUACAGCCCCGACUGGUCUCUGGUGGAAACCAUCACUGAGCUACAGAUGGAGCGCAUUUUUGAGGAUCAUGAGAACUUGGUGGAGAAUCUAUUAAACUGGACGCGAGACAGCCACAACAAGCUCAUGUUCAUCGAGCGCAUCGAGAAAUACGCUCUGUUCAAGAACCCUCAGAACUAUUUGCUGGGGCGGAAGGAGACAUCUGAAAUGGCUGACAGGAAUAAAGAGGCUUUACUAGAGGAGUGUUUCUGCGGCGGCUCGGUGUCCGUGCCGGAGAUCGAGGGCAUCCUGUGGCUGAAGGAGGACGGGAAGAAGUCGUGGAAGAAGCGUUACUUCCUCCUCAGAGCUUCAGGGAUCUACUACGUUCCCAAAGGCAAAGCCAAGGCUUCCAGAGAUCUCGUGUGUUUCCUGCAGUUGGACCAUGUUAACGUGUAUUACGGUCAGGACUACCGCAGCAAAUACAAGGCUCCUACUGACUACUGCCUGGCCCUGAAGCAUCCACAAAUCCAGAAGAAGUCCCAGUACAUCAAGUAUCUGUGCUGUGAUGAUGUCAGGACCCUGCACCAAUGGGUGAAUGGAAUUCGCAUUGCAAAGUAUGGCAAGCAAUUAUAUGUGAACUACCAGGAAGCCAUGAAGAGGACAGAGGCGGCCUACGAUUGGUCCUCUCUCUCUACCUCCAGCAUUCGAUCAGGCUCCAGUUCUGCCAGCAUACCUGAGUCCCAGUCCAAUCACUCAGGCCAUUCAGACAGUGGAGUGGACACAGGCUCCUCUCAUGGCCGGUCCCAGAGCGUGGUGAGCUCGAUUUUCUCUGAGGCCUGGAAGAGAGGGACCCAGAUCGAGGAAAGCUCCAAGCAUAUGAGAAUGGAGAGAGGGGCCACCCUGCCACAUGCUUCCCACGGUCACCGACAUCACAGCCAGCAUUCAGUCGACCACCAGGCCCUGACGCCCCCGCCCCAACUGCAGCCGCAGCCGCAGCCGCAGCCUCAGCCACAGCCGCAGCCUCAGCCGCAGCCGCAGCCACAGCCUUCACCUCAGUCCUACCAACAGCACCCACCACAGCCUCAGUCCUACCAACAGCACCCACCACAGCCUCAGUCCUACCAACAGCACCCACCGCAGCCUCAGUCCUACCAACAGCACCCACCGCAGCCUCAGUCCUACCAACAGCACCCACCACAGCCUCAGUCCUACCAACAGCACCCACCGCAGCCUCAGUCCUACCAACAGCACUCAUCACAGCCUCAGUCCUACCAACAGCACUCAUCACAGCCUCAGUCCUACCAACAGCACCCACCACAGCCUCAGUCCUACCCCCAGACACCUACCCAGCCACAACACCACCAGCUGCCCCCCCAGCCUCACUCUCCUCAACAGGCUCCCCCACCCCAGUACCCUCAGCGCCCUCAGCAGUCCCCACAGUCUCCACAGCCGCACCCACAGACCAUCAGCAACCACAUGCCCCCACAGGAGGAACAGCUGGCUCCUCCUCCUCCUCCACCUCCCCCUCCGCCCCCUCCUCCCCCACCCCCAGUUCAAAUGGUGUCCCACCACUCUCCAGCUCCCACCAUGUACAAGUUCAGCACCAUCAACCGGCUGCAGAACCAGAAGGGCUCCCAGAAGCUGCCCGGUCACCUCGUAUUAGGUCAGCAGGUUCUACCCCCAGCGCCGGCGCCGCCUGCUCCACAGGUUCCCAUCAAUGUGAAUCACAUUGCGGCAAGGACUAAUGUCCCGCCUCCCCCUCCACCUCCUCCACCGCCUCCUCCGUCCAUGCCAACCCCUGGCUCAGCCAUGGCUGUGUUGAGGCUGGGUCCUCCCAGUCCAGCUGCCCCACCCUCCUUUAUUCCUCCACCCCCAGCACCUCCACCUGCUCCGCAGACCAAUGGAGUAACAUUUCCUCCACCUCCUUCUCCCCCACCACCACCUCCUCCACCAGCUCCCAUGAGCCAGCCGGUCUACUCCACCGGGCUGAAGCAGGCGCUGAAGGAAAGGUUUCCCAGCCCGCCAAGAGACCUCCUCUCUCCAAAUGGAGGUCUCGAGGAGUCCCCACCACCUGCACCUGCUCCACCACCACCACCUCCUCCACCUCCACCCCCGCCACCACCUCCUCCUCCCCCACAGCAGUUCCCAGUGCCAGCCCAGUUCCCACCUCCUCCUGCGCCGCCACCAGCACCACCCAAGACCUUCACCCCAGGCUUUGUCCCUCAAACUGCCCCCAAACCCGUGUCGCCUGUCUCCCCGUUUCCUCCCGCCCCACCUCCUGCCACCCUGGGUGGGCCAACCCCACCACCUCCUCCACCACCUCCUCCACCUGCACCCUUCAAGAAGCAGUUUAGCCUCCAGGCAGGCCACACCUCCAGCCACCCCCCUCCCACUCUCCCAAAGCAGCACAGCAUGUCAAAACCAUCAUCGACAGGAGCUGCGCCGACCAUGUCUCUAGUGAAACAACUAGCAAGUCAAUUUCCAGGAGCUUCAUCCCAAGUAGCCAAUCACACAGAGAGUCCCAAAGCCCCCCUCUCCCCUCCUGCAGUCAAAACCAAACCAAAAUGGCAGCCUGGAGGUGGUCAACAGCUGCAGUCUCCAGAGUUCCCUCCUCCUCCUCCAGACAGCAGUGCUGGCUUCACUGCACCUGCACCUGCACCUGCACCUCCUCCUCCCCCUCCUCCCCCGCCGCCACCUCCCCCAGCACCUGUCACAGGCCCAACCCCACCUCCACCUCCUCUCCCUCCUGGAAAUCUGGGCUCCGCCUUGGGGAGAUCCCCCUCUGGGUCCUCCAAUUUCGGAGGCAAGAAACCUCCUCCGACCCCACAGAGGAACUCCAGCGUCAAGUUCAACGCUUCCUAUGAUGAAUCGAGGAGGAACCUGCUCAGCAAGUUUGGUUCCCAGAACAACGCCUCCCCUCCCCCCCCAUGUCCCACCUCCUCCUCCACUGGCUCCCCUUCCAAGGACCCUUCAACUGGACCCCGUGCUCCCCCAAAACCAGGCAAGCUCAACCUGUCCAGCCUGCCUUUGGCACUCCAGGCCAAAGUGGGCCAGGUGAAGCAAACCGGUGGCGACUUCCCUUCCCCUCCACCUGAUUGCGCCUACUUCCCACCUCCUCCCCCAGCCUCGGAGCUCUUCCCCCCUCCACCUCCACCUGGUAGUGACGCCCACAGCGGAGGACCUCCUCGGGUAGCCGUAGUCAACCCCCAACCCCAGGCUCCCCCUCCUCCUCCACCUGUCUCGCUUGUCAGCAACUCAACAUGGGGGAAGAGCUCGCUGAAAAAGACUGCUCCACCCACACUGGUGCGGCGUAGUAACACCACCCCAGAGCCCCCUCCACUCUCCCCACCUCCUCCCACAUCCCCAAAGGGCAGCUCCGGCCAGCCAAAUUUCCUGGAGGAUCUCAACCGGACACUGAAGCGAAAGUCAGUGGGGCGCCAAAGUUCUCUCAACACGGCCGGCCUCACGGGCAAGUUGGACCCUGCGGGGACUAUGGACGACAUGGCCCUGCCGCCGCCGCCCCCUGAGCUGCUCCUGGACCAGGGAAAGCAAAGCAACGGAGGAAACGGCGGCUACAUGUCCGGAAACAUCUCAGGCUAUGCAACGCUACGAAGAGGACCCCCACCUGCACCACCUAAACGGGGGGAUGCCACCAAACUUACUGGAGAGUGUUGAACUUUGAGAUCAGGACAUAUAAAGACGGAUGAAGAGACAAUGAAAGAAUAUAUGGACGUGGACAUUCAUUCGUGAAACUGGAGGGAAUUCCUUCAGUCCUCUUGGGAUCACAAUGAUAAAUAGAUGACUGUGUAUAUACUAAAAUCCAAACCAGAUCAAUUAGUGUUUGCUAAUUAUUGCAGUUUUUUAACAUGCUUGGCAUUCUGGAUCAGUGGGGUUUAUAAUAUUGGGACAAUUAAGACUGGAGCAGGUAAGUUUGAGGUCUCAGAAAACGGUCGUUACAUUUUCUGUGAUUGUCUAAACUCUCUAGGAGACAUUGUAUCGCCCUGUAUGGUAAACCCCACCCAUCUGGCACACUAAGUAGAUUGAAAUAAUACGAAUCGUGCAAAUAUUACUGGAUCCAGGUCUGAGCCAAACCACGUUAUCCGCUUCUUCGCCAUAAGUUUGUGCCACGUACUGGAGACAAAAAAAACAAAAACAGGAUCUUUCUGCUUUGGUACUGCAUGGACUUCAUGUAAGAACAAGCUGCAAAACAAGACGGUGUGUGUGCAUGUGUGAGAGAGAGAGAGAGAGAGACGCAUACAUGCAUUGUGUGCUCGCAUGUGUGUAAGUGUGGUUACAUGGUGGUGAAGUAGUUAACCAUUAGAGAAGGCCUUCAUGGAGCGGGGACGGUUAGGUUUGCUUUUAUAUAAAAUUAUUUAAUGAUCGAUAAAUGGAAGGAUUUUUUUUAUGAGUCUGUCUUUUAAUAGCUGGUCAGCAAAGUCUAGAGAGGAUGGAAUGUAUAUGGGAACAGGAAUUAUGAACACAUGAAGGCAAUUUAAAAAAAAAACACAAAAAAAACAUUUCUAGACUGUUUCACAGCUUCUUGGCAAAUGCAAAUCAGAAGGAAGCCUUAUCCCCAAAGUCUUGCACAGAGGUCAAAGCAGAAAGGAGAUUUCUUCCAAAGGUUCAGCAGAGUCUGGACUGUGCAACUGGAAAAAAACAACACUUUUUUUAAUUUAACAGACUGUAAAUGUAUGUGGAGGCCUGUGAUCUUCGUGGACUGUGUGAGUUCCCCGUGCGUUGGCUUGAUUUCGGACCUUAUCCUUCAGUUUGUAUCUGUACAGUUGCAGCUGCUACUCGGUUUCCGUCGGCCCCCCGCCGCCUUCUAAAAGUCACAUGGUGUUACAAUUCAGGAAGUAGAAUGUACAGGUCGGAUUCAGUCAUGUGAAGUAUCUUAUCCACACGAGGUGACGCAGUUGAAAAACAUUUGUCUGGUUGAUGUACAGAGCGUUAAAUCAUGUAACAGAAAUCAUCGGACUGGCAUUAGACUGAAUGUUGCUUUAUGUGUCUGUCGUAUCUUCAAGGUGCACGAAGGCUAGCUCUUGAUUUGCACCUAAAGAAACAAAGAAGGGUUUUAAUUUCUCGCAGCAAUGCCUUCAUUUUUAGGGUGCUAGUUCUGUCCUUUAAGGAACUCAUCAUCAACAUGUCCUCGUGCGUCCGGAUGACAUAUCAGUAAUAUUUACAACUGGUUUUAAAUCGGCUCUCGUGUGGAAACGCGUGCUUGAAGUGUCAUGAAGAUUCUCCACACCCCGAGCCCUGUUGAACAUGCUAUUCUUUAUGUCCUACUCGGCCACUCGAAGGCAACGUACCAUUUCUUAUAACUUAAUAUCAUUGUCUUUAACAGGAUGUUUGCUACAGUACAGUAUGUAAGUUAUUAUUGAUGUGCUGAUGUGAACAUGUGGGGCCAAGUGAAAUGAAGAAAAAUGGUUUGCAGAUGUGUCCUCUUGCAUAUAAACUGAAAAUCACAAUAUAAAUGUUCAAACCAGA